AUGUCGCCAUCCUCAUCUCCAUCGCCACCAUCCACAGGUUCCAAACACAGUGGGUCGAAGGUACCUGACCAGGGGCAGACCUCCGCGACGUAUCAGAUCGAUAUCGUGCAGAGGAUGCGCGUCACCUCUGACGGGCCUCUGGAGUCUGACGAGAUAGACCAGAUCAAGAACAAGCUCGAACGGUCAUUGCAGCGCGACCUUGGCGGGUACUUAUCCAGUGAUGAGAGCAGUAGCACUAAGAUAAGCAUCACCGAGACCAGUGUCAACGUGCUGAGAAAGGGUGGGCGCGACAGAACACUCUCGUCUUCUGCAUCUUUCCCAUCCUUCUCCUUCACGAGCACUCAAACCCUGGGAGCCGCUUGGUCACCGCAGCGGCACAAAAGCCAGCCUUCACAAGAGGCCUCCUCGAAGCGGGCUCCUCAGAGAAUCCUAUUUUACCAUGCACAUGAUCCGUACUACGGUUUCACCAACUUCUCACCUGAUCCAGUGGAAUACCAUGGUAAAACAUAUCCAACGAGCGAGCAUCUGUUCCAAUCAUUAAAGGCGCGUCCCACCACCGUCCGAUUCUCAAUAUUUUUUAUCAUACGACCUAUUGUUGCACGGCGUGUGGGUUCGCCUGGCAAGUUUCUACCCCACCGCCCUGAACUGGCAGAGCACAUGAGAACGUGCUCGAAGCGACCACGCGUCGUGUUUGACGAAGCUCAUAGGUUCAGCCCGGAGGCCCGUCCAGACUGGCUCAAAGUCAGAAUCGAAAUGAUGGAUUUAGCACUGUGGCACAAGUUCACGCAGAACACAAACCUCAAGGAUGAACUUCUUUCGACAGGCGAUGCAGAGCUAGUGGAGGUAAGCGAUGCCUUUUUCUCCCUACCUCUGGUACCGCAGCCGAUACUGAGAACUUUCCUUCUCUUCGCAUCCCUCCCAAAGGACUCAGACAAGGACGCAUUCUGGGGAGUAGGGCCCGACGGAAAGGGGGGGAACCAGCUCGGGAAAGCGUUGCAGAGACUCAGGACGAAACUGCGCGAUGCCAGUACGACAGCGAACGGUCAUGGUCGGAGCAAGGCAAGGCUGAUUUAA